ACGAUGUGGUCGUCGUCUGCUGACAGCCGAGGGCCCGCACACUGGGUCUGUCUUUCCGGGGUUCACACAGCCAGCCGAGCGUUGCUACGGAGAGUCGAGGACCGUUGGUGAUCCCGUUGUCAGUGCGAAUCUAUGCAACGGCUGCAUUCGCACCACAUGCACUGCCGUUUGGAAAAUACGUCACCAACGGUUUCAGCGAACCACACUAACAACGGCUAACUAACCGUCCGCAGCUACACGGUUAGCCACCAGCACAGGUAUGUCUGAAGUUAGUCUUGAGGCUGAAUUGGGGAAGACCUCACCCGAGGACUCUCAGAUGGAUUGUGAGGUGGCUGAAAAUUCAGAAGAGAGUUUGAGUAAGGAUGAAAAGCAGGAGAGUGUAGACAACAGUAGGCCAAGAGAUGACAGAGACGAUGUGCUCUACGACAUUGCUAUUGACAGCGCUGAAGAAAAUGCAGAAAACGAUGACGAGGCUAUUCUGGAGGAGAAUGAGGGCAUUCAGAGGGAGAGUGCAUUGACGAGCAGUGACAGUGAUGCUGCACACGUGUCUGACAGUGUAGAAAAUAAGGGACAGGAGACGAUUCAUCAUGUUGAAACCACUGAAACACCAGAGGAAAGUGGAGAUUCUCAAACCGAAACACAGGAAAGCACAAUGACUGAGGAGUCCCAUAGAAGCUCAGCAGCUGAGAUCCCGGUCACCAGCAAUGGAGACCUGGAUCAGAGCCCUGAGACCGUAUUCCAGAGGGACUCUUACCCCAGUGGCCCUGGGGCCCUAAACCUGUCAGAGUCCUGUGUCACCUCCAGCAACUUUGCUUCAACAACAGAAGGCAUCAUUGAAUCAGGACCGUACAAAGGGUCAGCAAGCCUGCCCACGUCUCCCGUGGCCUCUGUAGCGCCCAGCUCGGCUGUUGCUUGCCGCCUGGCGCGCUCUGCCAGCGAUAGUCAGGCUGAGAAAGGCACGAUGAAUGAACAGCCAAACAGCGGAGCGGUGGUCCUUUCAGAUGACUUAAAGAGCCCAGCCAUGGAAAAACUGGACCUAGUGAGGAAGUGGAGCAUCAACACAUAUAAAUGCACCAGGCAGAUCCUGUCAGAGAAGCUGGGCCGGGGCUCGAGGACCGUGGACCUGGAGCUGGAGGCUCAAAUCGAAGUCCUCCGGGACAAUAAGAGAAAGUACCAGAACGUCAUCAAGCUGGCUCAGACUCUGGCCUCUCAGCUGUCCCAGAUAAUGCAGACGCAGAGGCAGCUGGGCGACGCCUUCGCCGACCUCAGCCUCAAGUCACCACAACUACACGAGGAGUUUGGUUACAACGCUGAAACCCAAAAGCUUCUGUCCAAAAACGGAGAGACACUGCUGGGUUCCAUCAACUACUUCAUCUCCAGUGUGAACACACUCGUGGACAAAACAAUCGAAGACACCCUGCUUAAUAUCAAGCAGUAUGAAUUUGCCAGGGUUGAAUAUGACGCGUACCGUACGGAUCUGGAGGAGUUGAAUCUGGGGCCCCGUGAUGCCACCACCAUGCCCAAGAUCGAGUUCUCCCAGCAGCAGUUCCAGAUCCACCGCGAGAAGUUCGAGAGGAUGCGAAACGACGUCUCCAUCAAGCUGAAGUUCCUGGAAGAGAACAAGGUGAAGGUGUUGCAUCACCAGCUCAUCCUGUUCCACAACGCCAUCGCUGCGUACUACGCCGGAAACCAACAGCAGCUGGAACAGACACUCAAGCAGUUCCACAUCAAGUUGAAAAUGCCAGGUGGGGACAGUCCAUCUUGGCUGGAAGAGCACUAAUCACUCCGUUUGAAGCCACAGCGGCUCAAUUUGACAGGAAAUGUUGCAAAUCUACGGGGACUCGACUGCCGCUGCCUUUCAAACUUUCACUCUUGUAAAUCUUUUAACUCAAUACGCAAAAAAAAAAAAAAAACUCCUACAAUCCUUUUACUGUUGUUGUAAAAUCAUCGUUUUCAUCUUGCAGUGAUUUGAAAUCAUCGGAAACGCACUUUUAAACUGUUUGACAAAUCUGUUGAACAGGAGUCGCUGCAGUAAACACAUUUGGGAACUGUAAAUGGCCUUUUGUAAUCCAGCAUUAUGAAUGUUGUAUCGCAGCAUGGCGGACAUGUUGGCUCUGUAAGGACAGCUACGACUGCCGGUUACACAUUAUUUACAGAACUCUUAUCAGUUGAGUGAGAUCUAGAUGAAUACUUUACGAAAGUCUAAUCAGGAAGCUUCAGGAACCCCUGAACAUGAAUUCUCUCAUGAUUUGAUUUGACACCUGUUGUGAUAAACAGGGCAAAGCGGCAUUAAGAUUUGCGGAUCAUGCAUGCAAACUGGCCAGCAAACUCUGAAUAAAGUUUUAGUUUGACAUUUUGGGAAAUGCUAUUAUUGGCUUUCUUGCUGAGAGUUUGUUCAAUAUAAGACUGCAGCCAGCAGCCUGUUAGCUUAGCAUAGCUUAGCAUAAAGACUGAAAACGGUUAGCUGUCAGGGUAACCUGGCUUUCACUAAAGGUAAACAAAAUUCUGCCUACCAGCACAUCUAAACCUCACAAAUAUAAAAAACCAAACUGUAAAAAAAUAAAUAAAGAUGAGGUUUAACAGGAGGUGAUGUGCCUUAGUGCAGAGCCAGGCUAACAGUUUCCCCUGAUUCCAGUCUUUAUGCUAAGCUAAGCUAACCAGUUUCCGGCUGUAGCUUUAUAUUAAACGUACAAACAUGAAAAUGUUUUGAUCUUCUCCUCUAACUCUGCACAUUAAAACAAUUAAGAGUAUUUCCCAAAAUAUGAAACUAUUUCUUUUAAAUUGAUGUUAAAAUCAUAUUGAUGUCCAUUCACAACAAAUCCUGUCUGUUGUGAGACGACUAUGCUGACAGGAUGCUAUUUUUAAUCAAUAUUAUUCUCCGUUUGGCAAAUGACUGAAUGGAUAAAAGUGUUUGAUUCUCUUUAAUUCCAGAGACAAUGAAGGACCAGCCUUAUGUGACUAAAUGUGCCUUGAAUUCUUGAAUUUCUUCUUCUCUUCCCCUCCGCGCUUCAAUAUUUGAUCUUGUUGUUGAAAAAAGUCGUUUUAACUUCUAGUUUUCAGGACCAACUCUUGAUGGAAGAGAACGGACCAAACGCACACACUCUCAGAGGACAGUACAGUCAGAGCCUGUACGACUGUACAUGUUUAAACACUCCACACAACACACAUACGAUAGCUGUGUUUAAAAAAAAACACUCCAGUAACAUUCAGAAAGUCUAAAUAAGUUUUUAAGACUCGCUGUUCUCAAAGAUAUUUAUCCAUAUUGCACAUAUGCACAUUUAUGCAUUUGAGACUAAUUAAAAAACAACUGUAUGAUAUGUGAGGUGAAAACCAAAAGACGAUUAACUUUUUUGUAAAUUUGAAAGACCAGCAUCCUUUGUCUGAGCUGCUAACAGUUAGUGUCAUUGGGCUACAUAAAAGUAUAUUUUUCAAAGAGGACAUAUCUAUACGCUGUUAAUGAUAACCAGCUGUCACGUCCUCACUUUGUGGAUUUGUACUUUUCCUAUGGCUCACCAUAGCAGUUUGAGAGUGUCAACAAUCUAUUGUUUCCCUGAAAUAGAUGGAUAUAUAUAUUUGUAAUUUUCUCUAUUUUACCUUGUAGUUUAUGAUAAAUGCUGCCAUUUGGCUUUUGUUUUUGAUUGUUUUUUCUGGAAGACCUGCAGAAUGAUGUGCUAGAACUAGCAUGAGCUAGUGGGUCUUUACCUUUUGUGAUGAUAAAACAUUAACAAAUGUUGAGAAAAGAAAAGGAUUCUGAAUGUUGUGUAAACUCUUUGGGAAGAUUAAAGUUUCUUUUCUUUAU